AUGGACGACGAAAACUUCACCAGCGGCAAGCACGCCAACUCUACCGUCUUCAACAACCCUCGAGACUCAGACAUCAUCAUCAAAUUCGCAGGCCAUGAAAUCCAUGCGCACAGAGCCAUCUUGCGUCUAUGGUCUCCCUUCUUCGAGCGCAGUCUGAGCUCUCAGUUCUCCGUCGCCAAAAGCCCAGUGUUCCAUCUCGACGACGAUGACGAUGCCGACGCCGUUUACGCCAUGCUCAAGCAUAUGUACGGCAUGACCUUCAAUCAGCACCCAGACAACUUUGGCCACAGAGUUUCCCGCCUACAGUUUCUCUGGAAAGCCUACGUCGUGGCCGACAAGUACGAUUGCCCCUCUAUGCGCCUCGCCAUCGUCACCAGGACCGAAAGAUAUCUCGGAAACCAGAUAUCUCUAGAUCACCACCUGGUGACCGCGCGUUGCACAUUCUAUGAGGAUCUGAUCCAAGCAAUCUCCAAGAUCUGCGGUCCUGAUGCUCUCCAGCUUGCUUGCCCAGGUAUGCGCGAUGCCGUUUUCGACUGGCUAUGUCGUAACUUCGACCUUUGCAUUCAGGAAGAGGUCUUCAACAUGGCUGUCAAGGAUGGUACUCUGCUAGAGGCCCAACUGACAACACGUCUGUUGCUCAAGAUUGGCAAAGAAGUCGGAGGCAGGGGACGCCGUCGCGACCCUCUCUCAAGAGGUUCAAGUAUCGCAAGAUGGAAAAGCCCAUUAGGAGAAUUCUUCGGUCUCGCCGGUUGA